GUUGCUUGACAUUUUGGUUGUAUCUUUUCGCGGUUUGCAAAUGAGAUAGUCGAAAAAGUUUUGGCUUGUUUAAUAAAUAAUAUCGUAAUGGCCUCCGUGGCAGCUUUGCGUGAAUAUGGAAGCAGUGAUGAUGAUAGUGGAAGUGGAGAAGAUUCUCAUCUUAACCCCAUUAAUACGACUGAGUUAAUUAACCAGAAGUUAAUCGUUCCCGUAACGGCAGCACCCGACGUUUUACCAAAUGAGGAAUUAGAUCCUUUGCGGCAUGUAGAUCCUUCUUCUAAAGAAUUGCUCUAUAAUCCUAAAGCAGAAGAGCUCUUUGCCCCCACAUUGGGACCUGAUUGCCCGUUCAAAACAGGGCAACAAAGAGCACACAGGAAUACAGUUGCAGGAUUUGUUGAGCCAGCCCAUCUAAGUGAAUUCCAAUUUGAGGCACAGCGUAAAACUUUUACCAGUUUCGGAUAUGCCCUAGAUCCUACUGUUGGACUAGCUCAAAAUGAAGGAAGUAGCUAUGUUGGUGACAUUGAGUCAGCUGAAUCCUCCUCUGGUCGAACAGUCUUUGAGAAUCCCAAUAGACCUGAUCCCAGCCGAGCCGGAGUGAAAAGGAAAAUAGAAAAGAAUGAUGAUUCUGCUGAUUUAGAAGGAUAUAAAGGACCUUGGGCUCCAUAUGAAAAUGAAAGCCGAAGCGCUAAACCCUCCGAGGCUGACAAAGAAGAACUUGAUGCCUAUCUGGCAAAAAUGAAGAAAAGGGGUAAACCCAGGUACGAGGAAAAAGCAAUCGAAGAAAAGACAUCGCUGCACAUUGAUGAUCCCGUGGAUUACCAAGGCCGGAACUUUUUACACGCACCUCACGACAUAGGCAUCAAUUUGCGUUCGGACGCUCCACCUAAUAAAUGCUUCAUCCCGAAAAAACAGAUUCAUGCUUGGGCAGGGCACAAUAAAGGUGUAGCCCAGAUCCGGUGGUUUCCUAAGACUGCUCAUUUGCUCCUUUCCUGCAGCAUGGACGGGAGAGUUAAGAUCUGGGAAGUAUACAAGGACAGAAGAUGCGUUCGUACUUAUUUUGGUCAUCGCCAAGCUGUCAGAGAUAUAAGCUUCAACAAUUCCGGCGAAAAAUUCCUUUCUGCAGCGUAUGAUCGUUACAUUAAACUGUGGGAUACCGAAACAGGACAGGUUAUUUCUCGAUUUACAAACAAAAAAGUUCCCUACUGCGUCAAGUUCAACCCUGAAGAAGAUAAGCAACAUCUUUUCGUGGCCGGGAUGGCAGAUAAAAAAAUUGUCUGCUGGGACACUCGUACUGGAGAAGCUGUACAGGAAUACGAUCGCCAUUUAGGUGCUGUAAACACAAUCACUUUUGUAGAUGAAAAUCGUCGAUUUGUGUCCACUUCUGACGAUAAGAGUUUACGUGUGUGGGAAUGGGAUAUUCCUGUGGACAUGAAAUAUAUAGCUGAUCCCACGAUGCAUUCCAUGCCUGCGGUUACACUGGCUCCAAAUCUGAAAUGGCUUGGAUGCCAGAGCAUGGACAACAAAAUCGUCAUUUACUCUGCGCUGAACCGCUUCAAACUCAACAGAAAGAAAACAUUUAAAGGACACAUGGUUGCCGGCUACGCAUGUGGUCUAGAUUUCUCUCCUGAAAUGAGCUAUGUCAUUUCUGGCGACGCGGAUGGCAAAGUUUUCGUUUGGGAUUGGAAAACAACUCGAGUGUUGGCCAGAUGGAAAGCACAUCAAGCAGUUUGUAGUUCCGUUUUAUGGCAUCCUCACGAGACAUCAAAAAUUGCUUCAGCUGGAUGGGACGGGCUGAUAAAGUUCUGGGACUAACAAGAAUUCAUGUGUCGUUUAACCAAUUUAAAAGACGGACAAAUUAAUAAAGGCUUUUCUCUUCAA